GCUCACUCCACUCACUCCACUCACUGCCGCCCCCUCGCCCGCAGUUGCAGACGAGAAGAAGAGAACAGAGGAGAGGAGAGGCGUUUCGCUCCUCCACUCUAAGCUUCUCUUCCUCUGUUUCUCCGGAGGAGAACCACCACCGGCAUUAUUAUGGAGCAUCUUCCUCUUGCCUUCUUCUUCUUACUUCUCUCUGUUCUCUCUCUUGCUGUGUGGACAGACGGCGGUUCCAUCGGAGUGAACUACGGGCGGGUGGCCGACAACCUGCCGCCGGCCACCAAGGUGGUGCAGCUCCUCAAGUCGCAGGGCGUCCAGAAGGUGAAGAUCUACGACGCCGACCCCGCCGUCCUCCACGCCUUCGCCGGCACGGGGAUCCGGCUCACCGUCGACCUCCCCAACGAGAAACUCUUCGCCGCGGCCCGCAGCCUGUCCUUCUCCCUCGACUGGGUCCAGCAAAACGUCGCCGACUACCCGACCACCCAGAUCGAGGCCAUCGCCGUCGGCAACGAGGUCUUCGUCGACACCCACAACACCACCAGGUUCCUCGUCCCCGCCAUGAAGAACAUCCACACCGCCCUCGUCAAGCACAACCUCCACAACGCCAUCAAGAUCUCCUCGCCCAUCGCCCUCAGCGCCUUGCAGGCCUCGUACCCUUCGUCGGCUGGUUCGUUCCGGCCCGAGCUCAUCGAACCGGUGUUCAAGCCCAUGCUCGAGUUCCUCCGCCAGACCGGUUCCUACCUCAUGGUUAACGCCUACCCCUUCUUCGCCUACGAGUCCAACUCCGACGUCAUCUCCCUGGACUACGCCCUCUUCCGGGAGAACCCGGGCGUCGUCGACGCCGGCAACGGGCUCCGCUACUUCAGCCUCUUCGACGCCCAGAUCGACGCCGUCUUCGCCGCCAUGUCGGCCCUCAAGUACGACGACAUCAAGAUGGUCGUCACCGAGACGGGCUGGCCCUCCAAGGGCGACGAGAACGAGGUCGGCGCCAGCAAGGACAAUGCCGCCGCCUACAACGGCAACCUCGUCCGCCGGAUCCUCACCGGCGGCGGCACCCCUCUGAGGCGGCAGGCCGACCUCACCGUCUACCUCUUCGCGCUCUUCAACGAGAACAAGAAGCCCGGCCCCUCGUCGGAGCAGAACUACGGCCUCUUCUACCCGAACCAGGACAAGGUCUACGACGUACCCUUGACGGUGGAGGGUCUCAAGAACUACCACGACACCGGGAAGUCGGCGCCGGCCGGCGGCGGGCAGAGGGGAGUCGCGGCGCCGGUGAAGGGCGGGCGCGGCGGAGUGUCGAAGAGCUCGUCGGCGAACACCUGGUGCGUGGCCAAAGGCGAGGCCGGGAAGGAGAAGCUGCAGGCGGCGCUGGACUUCGCGUGCGGGGAGGGCGGGGCGGACUGCCGCCCGAUCCAGCGGGGAUCCACGUGCUACGACCCGAACACCCUGGAGGCGCACGCGUCGUACGCCUUCAACAGCUACUACCAGAUGAAGGGGCGGGCCUUCUGGACCUGCGACUUCGGCGGGGCCGCCUCCAUCGUAUCCCAGCCUCCCAAGUAUGGAAAAUGCGACUUCCCAACGGGAUACUGAAAGGUGAUAUGAUGGACGAUGAUGACGAGACUGGGGGAAAUUAGGGAUUAAAAUUAUUAUUUUUAGCAUUUGGGCGGGUGGGUUUUAAAUGUAGAAUUCUACAUUUUUUUGGGGGGUUGGGGGUCCCUGUUGCUGAUUGUAUCUAAUUCCAGAGUUGUCGUAGGGGGGUCAUGAGAAAAGCUAAUCUUCUUCCACUACUUGUAGCAAGCGUUGUCCAUAUUUGAGAGAUAUGACACUUAUGUUUUUCCCCUCUUCUA